AUGGCAUGCCUCACGAUCCUGGACCUGUCCGGCUCCGCGCACAUGGGGGAGAAGUCCAUCUGCUACCUGGCGGACGCCUUGCCAAGAGCCUUGAUGAGACUACGCGUGCUCAAGUUGGACGGCACCCACUGCGAGCAGUCCUCAUGGUACGUGCUGCUGGAGGGCAUGCGAUGCCUCACCUACCUCCAGGAGCUGAGCCUCGCUGACAUGGCCAUCGGCACUCAGCCUCAGAGUGCUGACGCCGUGGGCGACAUCCCUUGCCUCGUCGGGGAGCUGCCACUGUCCCUGCCGGAGAGCCCAAACUGA